AGCUACUACUACAAACCAACCAGCUCAGACCUACAACGACUGCAGCUUUCUGCAGCUUUGCAACAAUCCUGCAUCAUGUGAAGGGUUUAUUCGCGCAGAAAUUAUUAAAGCGCGUAUACGCAACAAUGUAUCUAAUUAAUCUCUGUCCUAAUCCGGCCUCUGUUAAACGUAGCAGCACUGUUUGCCUUAAACAAUUAAAUGACAGUCGAGCAAGACAAACCCAGUUCAGAUGCCACACACAUGGAUGAGCUGCUGCAGAGUGAACCACAAGGAUGGUAGACUGACCUUUGACCCUGGGAGCAAAGUUGUGCAUCUGCCCUAUGUGAAUUACCUCAGAGAACUUGGUACCACAUUCCUCAAUGCUUACACCAACUCACCCAUCUGCUGCCCCUCAAGAGCAGCAAUGUGGAGUGGUCAGUUUGUCCACCUCACUCAGUCAUGGAACAACUACAAAUGUCUUGAUAGUAAUGCAACAACAUGGAUGGAUCUUCUUGAGGCACAUGGAUACCAUACCAAGAUGAUGGGAAAGCUCGACUACACCUCAGGGAGCCACUCUGUCAGUAAUCGAGUCGAGGCUUGGACGCGAGAUGUUCCAUUCCUCCUGCGCCAAGAGGGCCGGCCUGUUACACAGCUUGUUGGGAACAUGUCAACAGUAAGGAUCAUGAGCAAAGACUGGGAAAACACAGACAAAGCUUCACAGUGGAUCCACCAGAGAGCUGCAUCCUCUGAGCAGCCUUUCUCUCUUUAUCUUGGCCUCAAUUUACCGCAUCCUUAUAAAACUGAAUCACUGGGGCCCACUGCAGGAGGAUCGACCUUCCUCACCUCGCCAUACUGGCUGCAGAAGGUGUCUUCAGAGCUCAUCACUGUUCCUAAAUGGCUACCUAUGUUAGCCAUGCACCCCGUUGACUACUACUCCACCUUCACCAAAAACUGCAGUGGUGAUUUCACUGAGGAGGAAGUCAGGAGAAUAAGAGCUUUCUAUUAUGCCAUGUGUGCUGAGGCAGAUGCCAUGCUUGGUCAGGUGAUUUCAGCUCUGAGAGAGACCGGCCUGCUUAACAACACUGUCGUGAUCUUUACGGCUGACCAUGGAGAGCUGGCCAUGGAGCACCGGCAGUUCUACAAGAUGUCAAUGUUUGAGGGCAGUUCCCAUGUCCCCCUGCUGGUCAAGGGGCCUGGACUGAAGUCUGGCUUGCAGGCUGACCAGCUUGUGUCUUUGGUUGAUCUGUACCCCACUGUGCUGGACAUUGCUGCUAUUCCUGCACCAGGUUUUCUCAGUGGCCACUCUCUACUUCCUCUUCUGUCCAAGGGCAGUGCAUUUUCUGAGAAGAAACGUCAAGACUGGAUUCUGAGUGAAUAUCAUGGUUGUAAUGUCAAUGCUUCCACAUACAUGCUGAGAAGGGGCAGAUGGAAAUAUAUAGCCUAUGCAGAGGGCCUGAGUGUCCCCCCACAGCUUUUUGACCUAACAAUGGACAAGGAAGAACUUCACAACGUGAUACUCAAAUUUCCGGAUGUGCAGGCGCAUCUGGACGAGCUAUUGCACAGCAUUGUGGACUAUCCAAAAGUCUCAACAACUGUCCAUGUCUACAAUAAAAAAACAUUUGGUGCCUGGCGACAGAGUUCAGGGAGAAACUACAGUCAGGUCAUUGCCAACCUCAGGUGGCAUGUGGACUGGCAAAAAGAUAUCAUGUCCAAUGAGAGAGCUAUUGAUCAGUGGCUCUAUGGCUCUUCGUAAAAUUCUGUAUGCGCGUUUUACACUUUUAACAGACAGGAAUGGAGAAGUUGUCACAACAGCCCUUUUUUAAAAGUAAAAUCAUGGUCAUCAUUUUUCCCUCAAUAUGACUGCAUGACCAUAAACAGAUGUCAGAAUAGGACCUAUGAGUCAAGCAGACUACACCACUAGACCAGCAAUAGAUUCAGAAUGACAGUAGAAAGCAACUUUGCCUUUGAGCAGUGGUUAUACAUGAGAUAUGGCUAAGAACAUGGUUAAUAUUGUAUGUAUUUCAUCACUGCAAAAAGGAAGCCAGUAUGCUACUUUCUGUAAAGAGGCAAGAUAACACGACAUGUUUAUGUUCAGCACUUAAUAAAGAAAUUAUAUUAUCA